AUGCCUGGCCUCUCUAUACGAAACUGCAUCGAAGCUAUACAAUCACGGCUAGAUCAAAUUGAUGAAGGGCGUAGUUGGCUAUCCCCUGAGGCGGAAUAUCACCGACAACUAAGUGUCACAGAAGAGGUCAUACAGAUUGUGCAGAUUUUGUUCCUUCGACUUCAGGAAUCGGAAAACAUCCCAUCAUCCGAAAUGCUACUUUCAUGGCUACGCCUUGUGGCAAAGUAUGAUUUUUUUAGCCAAAAUCGCUCACUUUCGGAAGCGGAAUCAAUCUUAUUCAACUCUUUGCAAGCACUCACAUCUGUGGUUACGCUAUCGUUUCUGAAAUUACGUACCGCAGCUUUCUUAUUCGGAACCGUGAUCUCCCAGCCUUCUAUUUCAUCCGACGUCUGGGGUGACGAAUGUCCAUCAUUUUUGUCUCGUGAAGAUGUUGGUGAACUCAAUGAGAUAUUUCUCAAAGCCGCCGAUUCCGAGAAGUUAAGCGCGAGCCCUGCGGUGUUUGCUUGGGGCAUGAUCAUGUACUCAGUCCGAGAAAUCGCACUGACGACAAGGGAAGAGCGCGAACUUCAGCAAGCACAGCAUGCCGUAGACGCAUUCAAUGGCGAUACACCUUCUAUGCUGGCUUCUCGAACUGUCGAGCCGUCGAUCUACGAAGAAGCAUAUGAGCGGGCACGUAAUCCGGCCUUCGAUGACGACUUUGUCAAGUUCAUGAUUUCGGUCGCUGUGGACCGAUGCCGAGUCUUCGACGUUGCUUCGAACGUCAUUCGCCAACUCGAUUCAAUAUCUGGGUUGGAUGAUGGCAGUUUAGUGAGCCAAUGGGCUCGCGUUGAAGUUCUCGAUCUCAUCCGAGUCAGCGUCGACUUUUUGAACUAUAUUCCUGAACUUUUGUCCGCCGUCUUGCAGGUGAUCACAGAACCAAGCCUGGAAUGGGAUUGCAUCGCUGACUCUACAACGAAAAGUGGGAAUGGGGCCAAAGCCAUUUUCCUUCAUGAUGACACUUUAAUGAACAGUAUCUUUAAGAUUGCAAAGUCUCGAUUCCCCUAUGAGGCGAUCAAUUUUCUAAAGCUUUGCAGAUGUCUACUAGACUACAACUUGAGCACCGACGAUGGAUACCCAUUUAUAUUCCAAGAACUUGAAUUUAUGGAAACUUAUACUCAAAUUGUUUCACCCGGCUUCCAAGGUUAUCAAUCUACCCGUGAAGAUGAAAAUGCAAAUUUUGUGUCUCUUAUAGAGCCACUGGAAAUGAGGGAAUUGGCGCCGAAGGGGAAGGAGUACAGUGAACAGUCCAACUCAGAAUUGAUGGUGAUGAACGGAGCGUCGAUUCUACCUGCUAAUACCCUUGGUCAAGUUAUCAACGAAUCUAAACCUGCCGUAAUAAUGUGGCAUCAUCGCUAUAACUGCCUUUACUUUCUCGGAAUGUGGCUCGAACAAGCCACCUACAGUCGCAAAACAGAAUACGAGCCGGAAGAUGAUGUGAUUGCUGAAAUAGUCGGUUUGUUGGCGGAUUUGGUUACCUCAGCGCAAGCUGUUGCCAGGCAUCAAAAAGUUGAGUCUUGUGCCAGAAGAAUCUUGGAGAUGGCCAGUGAUGGUUUAAAUCAUCAUGGCGAUAUCAUCUCCGUUAUCUUUGACAUAUUCGAGCGAAACCUUCAAGACACAAGUAGGAAAUUUGGUACGGAUCGCGGCUUGGAGACCAUAACAGCCUGCCUUUCUUUUCUCAACGCCCUCAUCACUGUUAUUCCAGGAAGGGUCUGGCCAUUUUUGACACGAAGUAGUCUUAUCACUGGAGAUGGUAACGGAGGAACGCUCCCUGCAAUCAUUUCUGCGGUCGAAGUCAAUACGGGAGAUUAUUCUUUCCUUCUCGAGGCUACCCGAACCUUUAGGCUUAUCGUUGACGAUGCAGCCAGACAUAUCGCGGUCCGGAAAACGGCAGGAAAUGUUACAGCCAAAACCACGCAUCUCACCGAAUAUACCGCUGGUGCGCCAUCAUAUGUGAUAAGCAAACUUAUCCAAUCCUUUGCUCGCGUUAUGGUUGAUAUAUACAACAACAGCGCCAGCUGGAGAUACAACGAUAUAUGCCAGUCAUUGGAGCUGAAUGUAUCUCUCACUACUACGUUCAAUGAUAUCCUGCAUUACACCUACGGGAUCGAUGAUACGGAAGAUUUGGAUUCGAAGGUGACAGCCGUCUUUGCGAACUCGGCGAAAUAUUUAUUGAAUAUGCUACGUCCAGCCUCCGAAGAAGGAGUCAUUUUCAAUCCAGUACUGCGGUUAAUUUUGAAUGCCUUUCACACGCCGGUACUUACCGAAAACCCAUUUUCGCGGCUCCUCCAAUCGCAAUUGGUAGAGGCAGCUUUGAAACUGGCAUCGACCUUAAUACAGGCUGGAUGGGUUCCGCAUUCUCCCAUGUCAGGGUUGGAAAGACAACUUUUCGACGCGUCACCGGUGUUAAUCCGCUUGUAUGUGCUUCAUCAAAAUCACCAGGCGGAAGUCGUCAAGCUGCUAGAAUUACUGGUAGCGCAUGCGUCUAUGGAUAAAGAGCAUGAACCUCCGUCCCUACUCGGACAUCUUGGGGCCCAAUCGUCUUGUCGAUUUUUAGAUAUACUUGCGAAAUUCGACCGGCCAUUUAAUAAUAUUUCGUUGAAUACCACGAUAUGGAAAUUUCUCACGACCAUCAUUAGUAAACGACAACAGUGGCUGGCUGUGUUCUUGCUGACUGGCUCUUCGCCACGCGAUGCCUUGAAGAAGAAGGGUGACCGCGAUCAACAACCGGCAAUGACAUCUAACCCGUUUUUACAAACCGCUCUUCAGCUAAUAUCAGCGAUUGGCAGGGCACCCCUACGGCGUAUACUCUCCGCUUUAGAAUUUAUUUCCAAAGCACAAGAGAAUUGGCCCUGGGCUACGCCACAAUUGAAAAACCACCCGGAUCUUUUCCCGAAGAUGGUCAACUAUGUUGCGAGCUUAGAUAUGCGCCGCUUUUCACCACUCGAACAGUGCAUGACCACGAAGGUAUCGUCAUUUAUCGCAGAUAUUUGCGUCGUAUAUCUGCAUAGUGCAAAGGAGCAAAGGGACUGGGCUUUUUUCAAAACCCUCAUUCCUCUCAUUUCAUGGUACUCCGAAAAUGCAGUUGAGGUCAACGGCUAUAACGCAUCACUGCAUGCGAACCUCAAAAGGAAUUUUGAAAUGAAAUAUCCAGGCUGCAGCCUUUUUGCAAUCAAAAGGACGUCACUCAAUGAUCCAGAGUUUGGGAGCGAUUAUUUUUAUGAUAUUGAAUUAGGUACCAAAAUGUUUGGCUAUGAAUUCGCUUGGGCAGGUAGCCGCAAUCAAGGGCUUCUUGAUGAGGUCAAACGAGCUAAUGAAAAUCUUUCUCUUGUGCAAGCUCAAAUGGAUCUUCUUCUCAGUUUCAAAUUCUUAGCCAUAGAGCAUUGCGCGGACUUUAUGCCAGAUCGCGGAGUUCAAAAAUCAAUGACCUCUGUCGUUCGUCACUGCCUUACAGCAAACUCACAAAGCAUCCCAAAUGAAAACGUCUUCUGUAAACUUCAUCAGAUUCGAGCAGAAUUUGCUCUUGGCCUUCUACAAAGACUUGUAGAGGCCCAGUCUAGAGGAAGCGAAGUGUUCAGCCUUCUUGAAGCUGCUUGGGAUGCGACUAGAUUUCGAAAUCCAACUUACGAGGCAGCUCUCGCAAACGAUGAUACGGAGUACUAUGGAAUGCUGCUAAACGUCCUCUUUCUUUCGUUGCAAUUCCACGUUGUGGGUAAAUCCCGAGUGGUCCCUCAAGCGGUGAGCAAGAAACCCGAAGUUUCAGGACAUCUUGCAAUAGUUCUUGAUAUCGUCAAAGUCAUCGCUGCGCAUGGUUUCCGGUCCUUGACAACGUACCUGCACGAGGAACCAGAGAAAUGCUCGCCAAAAGACUUUGCGUUGAUAACUGCAAUUUUGCAAACAGUACUAAAGGUGAAAAGCGUGGAUCGUAUUUAUGAACAGAUCGCAUUCCAUCUAAUCGAUUGUGACACGAUACGAUAUGCGUGCACUCUUUUCUCUUGGUCCUAUCAACUUACGGUAGAAGGCGACCCUGUAUAUGGAGAGCUUAGCAUCCUCUACCUUCUCGAGCUAUCUUGCAUACCUACGAUGGCCGAACAAAUUGCGAUUGAUGGCAUUCUCGUAAAGUUAUCGACAUAUAGACUUACCGACGUCCUUCGCCAGCCCCAGGGGUGCGGUCCUUUCGACCAAGUACCAAGGCUAUUCACAAUCUGGCACGCCGGGUUUCUCCCGCUCUGCCUCAAUUUACUCUACCACGUUGGACGUGCAGCGCCAGAGGUAGCCGCCUUCUUGAACCAAUUUGAAGGCCAGCUUCGUCGAGCCUCCGAAGCGUUUUCCAUUGGCCGUCCCACGGUCGUGACCAACCCCUUUGGUCCAUCCAACGUUCGCAACCUUCUAUCAUCCGGGCAAUCAGCCAAGCGCCUCUCCUUGGGAAUGGCCACAGAAGCAUGCUCAUUGGCUCUCAUCUCAUUAAUCAUCGAAAAAUGCCGCGAAGCCGGCCCAAGCGCCGGCAUCGAUUCGCAACAUAUCCAAGAGCUGAAAUGGGACUGUGCACGCGUAAAAGAGGAUAUUGAAGUCCUCUUGGAGAAAACCUCUGUCCUUCGAUCCCGAAUCACACCUACCAAUGAAAAAGAAGUGGCGUGGCUACAGCAUCAGCCAUCUGAUUCGAGCUCCAAUGCAGAGAGUUUACUUGAGGAGAAAAUUGUAAAAGAACUACAGACUGCAUUGUCUUGUAUCGGCGGUGGUGAUUAG